GAACCCAAAAAAACCCACUCACUAGUAUUUUUCAGAAAUGGCGGCUUCUCGUUUUCAAACACUAACCACAAAUCGUUACACCAACUAAUCAUAUUCCUUCCCGGCUAACAAAAAACACCACCCCUUUUCCUCACCGGAGUAACAAAAAAAAAAAGAUGACAAAAUUUACUCCUCUACUACUACCACUACCAGUACACAAACUCUCAAUUAUCAUAUUCAUCAUCAUCACAUCAUCCUCUGUCACGAAUUCGCAACGAUCUUCCGAAUUAAACACAUUACUUUACCUCCGUGAUCACUGGGGAAACCCCCAAUCUCUAACAAACUGGACCAACAAUAAUACUCAAUUAUCUCCAUGCACCUGGACUCAAGAAGUUAGCUGUAAUAGUAACGGCUCGGUUAUCGGUCUACACCUCAAAAGCAAAGGCUUAACGGGAACCAUACCGGACUCGAUUUGUGAAUUACAAAACCUUGAAAACAUAACAUUAACAGAUAAUUUCCUCACAGGUGAGUUUCCUAAGGCCCUGUAUACCUGUAAGAAGCUAAUCCAGCUCGAUAUUUCACAGAACGCGUUUAUCGGAACCUUGCCUGAUGACAUCGAUAGAUUAGCGGAGAGUUUAAAGUAUCUUAACCUUGGAGGUAACAACUUCACCGGAGAUAUACCUCCGGCGAUCGGGAACUUGUCGGAGUUAACGAUGCUUCAUUUGUAUUCGAAUUUGUUUAACGGUACAAUUCCGUUAGAUAUGAUUGGGAAUUUAUCGAAUUUGAUGUAUUUAGGUUUGGCUUAUAAUAGGUUUGCAUCACCCGAAAUGCCUGUAGAGUUUGGUAGUGAGUUGAUCAGGUUGAAGGAGUUAUGGAUGCCGCAAACGAAUCUGGUCGGGAAGUUACCAGAUUCGUUAGCGAAUCUAGCGAGUCUAGAGUUGUUAGAUGUCAAUUUUAAUAAUUUGGAAGGCGGAAUCCCUUCCGGAUUGUUUUUGUUGAAGAAUUUGAGUAAGUUGUACUUGUAUAGGAACAAUCUGGAAGGUGAGAUACCUUCUAGAAUCGAGUGUGUGAAUCUAAUCGAUAUAGAUAUCUCGAUGAACAGGUUAUCCGGCCCGAUUCCUGAAGAUUUUGGAAAGUUGAACAAGCUGGAGGUGAUGAAUUUGUUUUCAAAUCAGUUAUCAGGAAACAUUCCUAUUAGUAUCUCUCGAAUUCCGGCUCUCAAGGUUUUCAGAGUGUUUAGAAACAACCUGAGUGGUGAAUUGCCUUCAGAGAUCGGGCUUCAUUCGAAGCUAGAAGCAUUUGAAGUGUCUGAAAACAAACUAACUGGAAGGUUACCGGAUAGUUUGUGUGAUGGAGGUACUUUGUUCGUUUUGAUUGCUUUUUCAAACAAUUUGACAGGGGAAAUCCCUAGAUCACUCCAGAAUUGUGAUACAUUAGAUAGUAUUCAACUUCAUGGUAAUAGAUUUACUGGUGAAUUCCCUUUAGGAAUUUGGUCACUGUUUAAUCUAUCUACUUUGAGGCUUAGUAGAAAUUCUCUUUCUGGUGAGCUUCCAAGUAAGGUAGCUUGGAGUUUGUCUAGAUUGGAGAUUAGUAGCAACAACUUUUCGGGUCCGAUUCCAGACACUAUUUCGUCUUGGACGAAACUGAAUGUGUUCAAAGCUAGUAACAAUUUGUUUUCAGGAGACAUUCCAAGUGGUAUCACUAAUCUUUCAGAGUUGUCUGAUCUUUAUCUUGAUGGAAAUUUGCUUUCGGGUGAGCUUCCAUCAGAGAUCGAGUCAUGGAAUUCGUUGACUACGUUGGAUCUAGCUAGAAACAAACUUUCUGGCUCGAUUCCUGUGGCGAUCACUUCUUUACCACGUCUUCUUGAUCUAGAUUUAUCAGAAAACCAAUUGUCGGGUCAAAUUCCCUCACAGUUGAGCAAGUUGAGACUUACCUCUUUGAAUCUUUCUUCCAAUAAGCUUACUGGAAGAAUCCCAUUUGCAUUCGAUAAUCUGGCUUACGCAAACAGUUUCUUGAAUAAUCCUAACCUCUGUGCUACAUCCCCAAUUUCAAACCUUCAUCAAUGUCAUGAAAAUAAUGCCGAAUCCUCGCACUCCCAGAAAGUUUCAACCAAAAUUAUUGUCAUGAUUGUUGUUUUAACGGCAUUUGUCAUACUAGUUGCUGUUCUAGGUACCUUAUUCGUGUUUAGAGGCUACCGUAAGAAGAAACAAAACCAUGACUUGACCACAUGGAAAUUGACCUCCUUUCAUAAGUUAGAGUUCACAGAAGCAAAUAUUUUGUGUUGUCUGACUGAAAACAAUUUGAUUGGAAGCGGUGGAUCAGGAAAAGUUUACCAAAUUGAAAUAGGGCGUAGUGGGGAGUAUGUUGCAGUAAAGAGGAUUUGGAGUACUAAAAAACUAGACCAUACUCUUGAAAAGCAAUUCUUAUCAGAGGUUCAAAUAUUGGGCUCCAUUCGUCACUCUAACAUAGUGAAACUAUUAUGUUGUAUAUCAAGUGAGGAUUCUAAGCUUCUUGUGUACGAGUAUAUGGAGAACCAAAGUCUUGACAAGUGGUUACAUGGGAAGAAGAAGAAAACGCAUCGUGGUUUGGAUCAUCACAUGGUCUUGGACUGGCCUACAAGGCUGCAGAUUGCCAUUGGUGCGGCUCAGGGGCUUUGUUAUAUGCAUCAUGAUUGUUCACCACCCAUCAUUCACAGAGAUGUGAAGUCUAGUAAUAUAUUGUUGGAUUCUGAGUUUAAAGCACGCAUUGCUGAUUUUGGCCUAGCAAAAAUCUUGGCAAAGCCAAAGCCCGGUCAACCCAACACCUUGUCUGCUAUUGCUGGCUCAUUUGGUUACAUUCCACCUGAGUAUGCUUACACAACAAGGGUAAACGAAAGGGUAGAUGUAUACAGUUUCGGUGUGGUGCUGCUAGAACUAGUAACCGGAAAAGAACCACAAGAAGGAGAUGUUGACACGAAUCUUGCAGAAUGGGCAUGGAAACAUUAUGGUGAAGGGAACUCCAUGGUUGAAGCAUUGGACCCAGAGCUCAUACAAGCUACUUGCUACAUGGAAGAAAUUAGUCUAGUGUUCAAGUUAGGACUAAUAUGCACUAGCACAUUGCCUUCAAGUAGGCCAUCAAUGAAAGAAGUACUUCAAAUUCUUACAAGAUGUACUCCAUUAAGUGAAGAUCGGAAAGUGGGAGGAGAAGAGUUUGAUGUCGCGCCGCUUUUAAGGAGAGAAAGUUAUCUUUCUAACUAUCGUCGUGGCGGGAGUAAGGUAGUGAGUGAUAGUAUUGAUAUAUUUGAUGGUAGACUGUAAGUUUUAUGUUGUUAUAAGGGUGUUAUGUAUGGUUUAUAUAUACAUAUACAUAUAUAUAAAUAAAGUUGUCUAGUUUUGACAAAGUAAA